AUGCACGUAACGUUGGCGGUAGCAGCAGCCCAUAGAAGAUUCAGUGCUGGUCAACCUAGCCCCCCUUCAACCGAGGAACUCGGGCAUUGGAACAGAGCUAUUUCGAUCUUUCGGGAUCUCAUCAAUGAUGAUUGGAACCAACAGGCCGACGCAGCGUUGACAACGUCUAUGUUCCUCAGCAUGUUGUCCUUCACGGAUGAUGGCGUUUCCCAUCCUAGGAGGGCUAUCGUGCACGGACUUGAUUCUUCGUCGUUCUCCUGGUUUCAGGUGCAGACUGGACUUGUGGAGCUGAUCACUCUAGCGUCUACACGGGGCUCGAGCAACGUGAUUAUGCCUUACUUCAAGGACGUAGACCCUGAUCUUGCUCUCCUUCAUGACGACAGGUCAGGAACCGACGGCAUCCCUGACGAGUUGGUGGAUCUCUUUGAGGUCAAGGAGGACUCAACUUGUGGCACUCAUCCGUAUUUGCGGCCACUGCGUCGAGUUUGCAAUAUGAGUAAUAUUCCAAGGACGACAGAAAACGGCCUGAAAUUUAUGCAAUUCAUGCAGGGUGUGGAUAGAGGUUUCGUGGAGAGACUUCAGCAGCUCGACCCGAGGACAAUUCUCUUGUUCGGAUGCUGGCUUGGCUUUCUAUGUCAUGUUGACCGUUGGUGGUGCAAGGGACGAGCACAGAACGAAUUCCGAGGAAUCGCUGCCUACUUGCAGGAGUACCGCCCAUGCUUGAUGCCAUACCUGACGUCUGUGACCGUCGAUUAG